CGGGUCCGGAGGGACGUCGUCCGGAAAGCCCGCCCUGGUUGGAGGGAAUUUAGAAGAAACGGGGGCGGGAAGGAGGCGGAGUCUAGUUUCCCUGGUGACGGGUUGCCCGGCGGUCGCCUGGUAACCAGUCGCGGCGGUCCUAGGUGCGGCGGCUCUGGCGGCGGAGGCCGCGGAGGUCUGUGGGCCGGAGCCCACGCCGGGCGCUUUCCGCCUGCUUCGUGAUGGCGGCCGCGGCCGCAGUGGUCACGCCGUCAGGUUUGGAGGAUGGAGUGUCUCGGUCCCGCGGCGAAGGGUCAGGGGAGGUGGUCGUGGAGCGGGGGCCCGGCGCGGCCUACCACAUGUUCGUGGUGAUGGAGGACCUGGUGGAGAAGCUGAAGCUGCUCCACUACGAGGAGAAACUCCUCCGGAAGAACAACCUGAAGCCCCCGUCCAGACACUAUUUCGCACUGCCUACCAACCCUGGUGAACAGUUCUACAUGUUUUGCACUCUUGCUGCUUGGUUGAUUAACAGAGCAGGACGCCCCUUUGAGCAACCUCAAGAAUAUGAUGACCCUAAUGCAACUAUAUCUAACAUAUUAUCUGAGCUUCGAUCAUUUGGCAGAACUGCAGAUUUUCCUCCUUCAAAAUUAAAGUCAGGUUAUGGAGAACAUGUAUGCUAUGUUCUUGACUGUUUAGCAGAAGAAGCAUUAAAAUAUAUUGGUUUCACCUGGAAAAGACCAACAUACCCAGUGGAAGAGUUAGAAGAAGAAACUGUCCCAGAAGAUGAUGCAGAAUUAACAUUAAAUAAAGUGGAUGAAGAAUUUGUGGAAGAGGAGACAGACAGUGAAGAAAACUUUAUUGAUCUCAACGUCUUAAAGGCCCAGACAUAUCGCUUGGAUAUGAACGAGUCUGCCAAACAAGAAGAUAUUUUGGAAUCCACAACAGAUGCUGCAGAAUGGAGUCUCGAAGUAGAACGUGUACUACCACAACUGAAAGUCACGAUUAGGACUGACAAUAAGGAUUGGAGAAUCCACGUUGACCAAAUGCACCAACACAAAAGUGGAAUAGAAUCUGCUCUAAAGGAGACCAAGGGAUUUUUGGAUAAACUUCAUAAUGAAAUUAGUAGGACUCUGGAAAAGAUCGGCAGCCGAGAAAAGUACAUCAACAACCAGCUUGAGCACUUGGUUCAAGAAUAUCGUGCAGCUCAAGCCCAACUGAGUGAGGCGAGGGAGCGCUACCAGCAGGGUAACGGCGGAGUGACGGAGAGGACCAGGCUCCUGUCUGAGGUGACGGAAGAACUAGAGAAGGUAAAGCAAGAAAUGGAAGAAAAAGGCAGCAGCAUGACUGAUGGUGCUCCCUUGGUAAAGAUUAAACAGAGCUUAACAAAGCUGAAGCAAGAAACCGUUCAGAUGGACAUCAGAAUUGGUGUUGUGGAACACACAUUACUCCAAUCAAAACUGAAGGAGAAGUCCAACAUGACUAGGGACAUGCAUGCAACAAUCAUUCCAGAAUCUGCAAUAGGCUCUUAUUAAAACAUACUGUUUUUCAUGCUUCUGAUUAGUUGUUUUUUUGUAUCAAAGUAUAUUUCAUGUGGCAAGAUUUCAAAACACAAUUACACCUCUUAAAGCAUGUUCAGUGGGUAUUUUUUUUACAUAUAUACACAUACAUAUUGUAUCAUGGUGUUUAUGGAUGGUUAAAGCCUUUAAAUUGAAUCUACUAUACAAUAAAGUAAUUAAAAACUCUCACUUUCAAAGAAGUUUUCACUAAUCAUUGCAGAUGUUAAAACCCCCACCCGGUGGCAUAUUUUUCUUAUUGUUCCUUGUGCAAGCCAGUGUGUACGACCCAUGCUUUCUGCAG